AGCAUUCACAGUCAAUACAUGCAUUGAUUCACUUCUUGAGUGAUUGACACACACGUCACACCACAAUCCCACACUUGGAUCACUUGGAUCAGUGAAGAUCACUGGAGAUCAGAUGAGAUGCCAGUAACGGGUGCUACGAAGAGACCUUCGAGUGAGGCUUUGGUGGCAUUUGUGUCGAAGAAGGGUCGCAACGAUGAGUUGUCGGCCGUCCACUCGACCGACUCUUCUGUCCAAUCGACUGUGAGUCGGACGUCGAGUUUGAUGUCACCGAUAAUGCUGUUGAGUGGACACAAGUCUGAAGUAAAUAGUGUGAAAUUCCAUCCAAACGGCAAUACUUUAAUAUCCAGUGGUUUCGACAGAGAUAUCUUCAUGUGGAAUACUUACGGCGAAUGCGAUAAUUAUGGAGUUCUUAGUGGCCAUAAGGGAGCGGUUCUUGAUCUGCACUUCUCAUCAGAAGGAGACUACAUAUUGAGCGCAAGUACUGACAAAUCGAUUAUGAUAUGGGACUCGCAUACCGGCGCUCGCAUUAAGAAAUUAACAGCUCAUCAAUCAAUCGUCAACUGUUGUCACCCAUCGAGAAGAUCACAGCUAUUAUGCAGUGGUGGCGAUGACUGCACUGUCAGACUAUGGGACCAAAGGAAGAGAGGACUCGUCUCGUACUUCAAAGACAACUAUCAAAUAACUGCCAUUACUUUCAAUGACUCUUCCGAUCAAAUCAUCUUUUCUGGCAUUGAAAACGUCCUCAAAGUGUAUGAUUUGCGUAAAAAUGACAUCUUAUAUACAAUGGCCGGACAUUUCGAUACGGUUACCGGUCUGGCACUCAGUCCUGACGGCAAUUAUGUUUUGUCUAAUUCUAUGGAUAAUUCUCUUUGCAUUUGGGAUAUCCGUCCGUUUGCACCACAAGACCGAUGCAUCAAAACCCUGACCGGACAUCAGCACAACUUCGAGAAGAAUCUUCUUCGGUGUUCGUGGAGUCCGGACGGCACUAAAGUGACCGCCGGAUCGGCCGAUCGUUUUGUCUACAUAUGGGACGCAACCUAUAAGAGAGUUCUUUACAAACUUCCCGGACAUUUGGGUUCUGUUAAUGAAGUUAUUGGUUCGUAUGAUAAGCAGAAGUGGGAGCAGACCAUCGAUGAACGGAUGCUGAAGGGUAUGAAUGCCAUUCCCAAGAAGGUGGCCAAAGUGAAGACAGAGCUCAUUGACUUGGAUCUCAUUCGUGGCACUGCUUUUACGAAAGCCAAAUCACAACAGGGAUGGCUGUCUGCCACCUACUCCGGCAUCAAUCGAGUCAUUCUUCUGCCUCUGUAUCUCAAGUGGUGGAGAGAACAGACCAAUGCAUUCAUAUGUCUCCUAUUACUUGCUUUAUAUCUCUUACAAGUGUUUUCUCUGCACAUAUACUUCGAGGACGGCUUGUCCUCUACUUCUGAUCAGUUCUCAGAAGUGCCCGCAUCUGAAGUGCUGAUGCCUAUUGUCAUGAUGACUAUACUCGGUGUCAUUCACACACAAAUAGUUGGAACCAAAAUAGUCAACAAAAGUCAAUCAUCUUUUCAUUCCUCAAAAUAUGCCACAAAUUCACAACAUUUGCACAAAAAGAAAAGAAAAAGGAAACCAAAACAAACACCCGAUAAGACCACUGAAGAGCCCGAAAGACAAAACGUUAAGACUGGCGGUUCCGACGAAGAAAGUGGUUUAGGAAGUCUUGAUAUUAAAGCCGAUGUCAUUCCUAACAAGUCUUUGAGUGAAAGACGAGGGCUUUCCGCUGAAAACUCUGAUCUCAGUUCUGAUGAUUUUGAUCUCGAAGACAGCUCUUCUAAUCAAUAUUUUUGGCGCAGAUUUUCUGAAUCAAAGUCUAGCAAAAGCAUAAAUAAGUGCAAAAAUAUGAAUGACUUGGAAAUGACAUCUCGAAGAUAUUCAGAGGGAAGUAAAGACGCGAAGACUCAUAAAUACAAAGAAAAUCUGAGAUCCAAGAAACGAAAACGAAUGAAAUCAUUACAUUUGUCUCCACCAGUAUCUCACCACAAAUCCAGAGAAUAUUCUUCUUGUGAAUCGGAGGGAACAAUGUCUCCAACGACUCCAAACACUCCGACUCCGGGAAUCGGAAUAGGAAUGGGAAUGGCAUCAGAUCUAGACUGGCCGCUCAUCAAUUCAGAGGGCACUUCUGAUGAGGAGGAUAGCCAUCAGGAGACAACGGGCUCCACUGCCGCCAAGUAUUUCAUUUAUCCAGAAUUUGGUGACGAAGUGUCGGCCCCUCUCUAUACCAUCUUUAAUGAGUUGUGUCACGACUGUCACGACGACAACACUAAUGAAACUAAAGUGAGUUGUGCCGUAUGGCAGCAACACGAGUGCCAGAAAGUGGAUCUCUCUGUUGUGGACAUCAGCUCAUCGAUUAUCAGAAAAGUGGAUUCAAUUAAACACAGCUCUGAAUAUAUUUAUUUGGGUUUUGUUUUCUCAAUAAUACUGGCAAUACUUCCCGGCCUUUUCCGGCUUCAACAGAAUGGCAACUCUGCCAGCGCUCAGACAAAUACCUCCGAAAUAAUAGAUUUACUCAAUUUUCCAGCACUUGAUUUGGAUUUCAUCGCUGAAUGUAUAUUGGGUUCCAAUUGGAGAGUGCGAUGUGUUGUGUUGAUAGCAAUGGUCGAAAGGGCUGUGCUAUCGAUGCUCUACUUCUUCGUGCUAUGUGUGGCCGAACGUACGUACAAACAGCGCUUUUUAUACGCAAAAUAUUUCUCUCAAUUGACGCGAAGAGAUAGGGCUAAGCGUUCAGAAGUGCCUCACUUUAGACUACAUAAAGUGAGAAAUCUGAAAGUAUGGCUGUCCGUGCGCUCCUACUUAAGAAGACACGGACCCAUCCGGUCGGUGGAUGCCAUCUGUUCGAGUAGUUUUGUGAUCGCGGUCUGCAUUUUGACGUUCAUAUGUCUGCAACUACUGAAGGAGUCGGAGGUGUGUGCGGCCAAACUCUACUGCUGGGAAAUGGUGUUUUGGAACCUGGCGUUAGGCCUAUACAUCAUGCGGCUCAUGAUUCUUGGCUCGAGAAUUAACCGGAAAUAUCGUGAAAACCUAUCGAUUCUCAUAACAGAACAAAUCAAUUUGUACCUACAAUUGGAACAAAAGCCACACAAGAAGGAAGAGCUCACUCUCGCCAAUCAUGUCCUCAAACUGGCAGCUGAUCUGCUCAAAGAACUCGAGAGUCCCUACAAGAUCUCUGGAUUCUGUGCCAAUCCAUACCUCUAUAACAUCACUAAAGUAGUGGUUUUGUCUGCAUUUUCUGCAGUUCUCACUGAGUUAUUGGGAUUCAAAUUAAAACUCUAUAAAAUCAAACUUCGAUGACAACUAUCCUAUCAUUAUAAUCUCAUUUAUGUUUGAUUUGUGCUGUCAAUAGCCCAUUACAGUACACUAUACCCAUAUAAUUAGUGCCAAAAUGACACUCAAUGUAUUAGAUUCCAGUAUUUCAUUGGUUCCCAAUCUGCUCUCACUUUACACUAACUAUCACUCAAUUAUAUCUGUAUUCAUGGUAUUUAUCUGAUCUCAAGACAUCAUUCAACGCAUUGCCUAACUAUAACAAUAAUUGAGUCAUUUUGUUGUCUUUAAUAUAUACGGUAUUUAAGUAAACAAUAUUUGCAUUUGAAUCAAACAAACCAAAAGUUGGAUUAAUUA